AUGCCGCAUUGCGCGACGGCCAGCCAAAUUCGGCUGGAUGUCGGAAGCCUGCGGGACCCCCGGGUGGCAGACGCGCACUCCAAAAACCUGACAGAAUGGCUUGGGCGACUGGGCGUUGUGGGGGAGGCGCAGGAUAUGUGGACUGGCUUCAGGGACUGUGUCCGGGCGACAGCUAGUGACAGCAUCCCAAAGUUGCCCGGGGCCAUCGGAGUGGGCUUUCGGAAGCGACGAUUCAGUCGGGCUGCCCUGCCAUUUGGCUUAGUACGAAGAGAGCUGUCUUGUGAGGGUUACCCCAUCGAUCUGCGCUGUCCAGGAAGUGAUGUCAUAACGAUCGAAAGCGCCAACUAUGGGCGAACAGAUGAUAAGAUCUGCGAUGCUGACCCUUUCCAGAUGGAGAAUAUCAACUGCUAUCUUCCAGAAGCAUACAAGAUCAUGUCACAGAGAUGCAACAAUCGGACCCAGUGUAUUGUGAUUACGGGUUCUGACGUCUUCCCAGACCCUUGUCCAGGAACUUACAAGUAUCUGGAGGUCCAGUAUGAGUGUGUGCCCUACAGUCCAUGCCCAACCAGAAUAGGAGCAAGAACACAGAAUGUGUCCUAUCGCAACUGUCCUGAAGUGGAGCAAAAAGUUUUUCUAUGUCCUGGGACUCUGAAAGCUGUUGGGGAACCCUCCUUUCAAUUUGAAGCAGAGCAACAAGCUGGUGCCUGGUGCAAAGAUCCACUUCAAGCUGCUGACAAGACCUACUUCAUGCCUUGGACUCCUUAUAGGACAGACACUCUUAUUGAAUAUUCUUCCCUGGAUGACUUCCAAAAUGCUCGGCAAACAAUUACCUACAAGUUGCCCCACCGAGUGGAUGGGACUGGAUUUGUGGUUUAUGAUGGUGCUGUGUUUUUCAACAAAGAGCGCACCCGCAACAUAGUCAAGUUUGACCUGCGAACUCGAAUCAAAAGUGGGGAAGCGAUCAUCAACAAUGCCAAUUACCAUGACACGUCACCCUAUAAAUGGGGUGGUAAAACAGACAUUGACCUGGCUGUGGAUGAGAACGGCUUGUGGGUAAUCUACGCAACAGAGCAGAACAAUGGCAUGAUAGUAAUCAGCCAGUUAAAUCCCUACACACUCCGUUUUGAGGCUACGUGGGAGACGGCCUAUGACAAACGAUCUGCCUCCAAUGCCUUCAUGGCCUGCGGAGUACUCUAUGUGGUCCGCUCCACCUAUGAAGACAACGAAAGCGAAGUCAGCAAGAGCAUGAUCGAUUAUAUCUACAACACUAAGCAGAACCGUGGAGAAUAUGUUGAUAUCCACUUUCCCAACCAGUACCAGUACAUUGCAUCUGUGGAUUAUAAUCCGCGAGAUAACCAACUCUAUGUGUGGAAUAAUUUUUACAUCCUGAGAUAUAAUCUGCAGUUCGGGCCACCUGAUCCAGUUUAUGGUCCACCUUUAUCUCAAGCCACCGUAUCCCCCCAGCCUCUGAGAACUACAACCACCACCACAACAACUACAGUGCACCGGGGUGUGGCCAACAACACCACCACCACAACAGGGCCCAAGGAGGGCAGCAAGGGAGCGGCCAGGCCUCCUCCUGCGAUUUUGCAGACUACAUCCCCUCCGCCCCUCGAGUCGUUCCCUUUGCCCGAGCGCUACUGUGAGGCCACCGAGAGAAGAGAGAUCAUGUGGCCUCAGACCCAGCGGGGCAUGCUGGUGGAGCGACCUUGUCCCAAGGGAACGCGAGGCACAGCAUCUUAUUUAUGUGUACGUUCCACUGGGGCCUGGCACCCUAAGGGCCCCGAUCUCAGCAACUGUACCUCUCACUGGGUUAACCAGGUUGCCCAGAAGAUCCGCAGUGGUGAAAACGCAGCAAACCUAGCUAACGAGUUAUCAAAGCACACGAAAAGUCCCAUCUACGCAGGAGACGUCAGUUCUUCUGUGCGCCUCAUGGAGCAGCUGGUGGACAUCCUGGAUGCACAGCUGCAGGAACUCAGACCUAGUGAGAAGGACUCUGCAGGACGGAGCUUCAAUAAGCUUCAAAAACGAGAAAGGACAUGCAGGGCAUACAUGAAGGCCAUUGUGGAUACGGUAAAUAACCUCCUUCGACCAGAAGCUUUAAAGUCCUGGCAGGACAUGAACAGCACGGAGCAGACGCAUGCUGCCACCAUGUUACUGGACACCUUAGAGGAAGGCGCCUUCGUCCUCGCCGACAACCUGAUGGAGCCCACCAUCGUCAAAGUUCCUGCAGACAAUAUAAUUUUGGACGUCUACGUUCUCAGCACAGAUGGUCAGGUGCAAGAUUUUAAAUUCCCACAAUCCAACAAGGGGGGUAUCUCCAUUCAGCUUUCGGCCAAUACCGUCAAACUCAACAGUCGCAAUGGAGUUGCCAAGCUGGUGUUUGUUCUCUACAAGAACCUUGGUCAAUUCCUCAGUACAGAAAACUCCACGAUUAAGAUGGCCAAUGACGCUUACGGACGCAACGUGUCUGUCAACUCUGACAUCAUCGCUGCUUCAAUCAACAAAGAAUCUAGCCGAGUCUUCAUCAACGACCCGGUGGUUUUUACCCUGGAGCACAUAGAUAUGGAGCACUACUUCAACUCCAAUUGCUCCUUCUGGAAUUAUUCCGAGAGGAGUAUGAUGGGCCACUGGUCCACGCAAGGCUGCAAGCUGCUGGAGUCCAAUAAAACACACACGUCCUGCUCCUGCAGCCACCUAACUAACUUCGCCAUCCUCAUGGCCCACCGAAAAAUCCCGGUCAACAGAUCACAUGAGCUGCUGUUGACUAUCAUCACCCGCGUGGGCAUCGUUGUGUCGCUCAUCUGCCUAAGCAUGAGCAUCUUCACAUUUUGCUUCUUCAGAGGCCUGCAGAGCGAUCGCAACACCAUUCACAAAAACCUCUGCAUUAAUCUCUUCCUCGCAGAGUUAAUAUUCCUAAUUGGUAUCGAUAUGACAGAGCCCAGGAUUGGCUGUGCAAUCAUUGCGGGGAUCCUACAUUUCUUCUUCUUGGCUUCGUUCUCCUGGAUGUGUUUAGAGGGAGUACAGCUAUACCUCAUGCUCGUGGAAGUCUUUGAAAGUGAAUACUCACGGAAAAAGUACUACUAUGUGUCUGGGUACCUCUUUCCCGCCAUCAUAGUGGGCGUGUCGGCAGUAAUCGACUACAGAAGCUAUGGGACAGAAAAAGCGUGUUGGCUAAGUGUGGAUAAUCAUUUCAUCUGGAGUUUCAUAGGACCUGUCACCUUUAUCAUCAUGCUCAAUCUGAUCUUCCUGGUCAUCACCAUGUACAAGAUGGUGAAGCACUCAACCACCCUGAAACCAGACUCAAGUAGACUGGAGAAUAUCAAUAAUUAUCACGUUUGUGACGGCUACUAUAAUACCGAUUUGCCUGGCUAUGAAGAUAAUAAACAGUUUAUCAAAUCCUGGGUCAUGGGGGCCUUUGCUCUUCUAUUUUUGCUGGGCCUUACGUGGUCCUUCGGCCUCUUCUUCAUCAAUGAGGCCUCCAUUGUUAUGGCGUAUCUCUUCACCAUAUUUAACGCCUUCCAGGGGAUGUUUAUUUUUAUUUUCCACUGCCUCCUACAGAAAAAGGUCCGCAAGGAAUACAGCAAGUGCUUUCGUCACACAUACUGCUGUGGAAGGUUGCCAACUGAGAGCUCGCACGGCUCGGCCAAGACUUCGACUACACGGACAAGCGCACGCUACUCUUCUGGUACCCAGAGUCGAAUCAGGAGAAUGUGGAAUGACACCGUAAGAAAGCAAUCUGAGUCCUCCUUUAUCUCAGGUGACAUCAACAGCACCUCCACCCUUAACCAAGGAAUGACUGGGAAUUAUCUACUAACAAAUCCUCUUCUUCGACCACAAGGCUCUAACAACCCUUAUAACACCUUACUGGCUGAGACAGUUGUGUGUAACACCCCCACGGCACCAGUGUUUAACUCUCCAGUGACCUACAGAGAGACAAGGCACUCACUGAACAAUGUGGUGAGGGAUACAAGUGCAAUGGAUACACUACCGCUAAAUGGUAACUUUAACAACAGCUACUCACUCCGCAGUGCGGACUUUGGAGACAGUGUACAGGUGGUGGACUGCGGACUCAGUCUGGAUGACGCUGCCUUCGAGAAAAUGAUCAUCUCUGAGCUUGUUCACAAUAACCUGCGUGCCUGUAACAAAAGCCACCAACAGCAACAACAGCAGACCCCCAAUUUGCAUCACCCUUCCCACCACCACCACCAUCCGCAGCAGCAGCACCCGCCGCCAUUGCAGUACCAUCACCAUCACCACCACAAGACGGAGCAGGCUCCACCCAAGGUGACGGUGGUGGGCGGCAGCUGCGGCAAAGAUGACGCCAUCGUCGCUGAUGCUUCUUCUUUGGUGCGCAUGCGCCAAGCCGUGGGCCUCGAGCUGCAUCACCAUCAUGAGCUCGAGGCGCCACUCAUCCCUCAACGGACUCAUUCGCUUCUGUACGCCCCUGAAAAGAAGGUAAGAACCGACGGGGGAACAAACACCAUUGUGAGCCAGCUGACACCCGACAACAACGACCAGGAUAGUUUGCAAUCUCCAAACAGGGACUCCUUGUACACUAGCAUGCCGAAUUUGAGGGACUCUCCUUAUCCCGAGAGCAGUCCGGAAGUUGCGGAGGACUUGUCCCCAUCCAAGAAGAGCGAGAAUGAGGACGUUUACUACAAGAGCAUGCCUAAUUUAGGAGCUGGCAACCAGCUGCAGGCUUAUUACCAGAUAGGCAAAGGGACAAGUGAUGGUUACAUUAUUCCCAUCACUAAAGACGAUUGCAUACCAGAAGGCGACGUACGAGAAGGACAAAUGCAGCUCGUCACAAGCCUUUAA